UUUUUUUUUUUGAAAAAUUCAGACAUUACCAAAAAAAAGAAAAUUUUGCUCCAUUUUGGACUUAAAAUUAAAUAAAUUUUUGUGGAUUAUUAUUUUCACUUUUGUCAUCAUGACUGGAUUUUCGCUAAAGUUAAAAUCAAAAAAUGGCCAAUUCGUUGUUAGUGACCUAAACGCUGGCACAACAAUAGCAGAUCUAAAAACAAAGAUAUCCCAAGUUACGCAAAUCAAUCCAUCAUAUCUACACAUAUUGAUAGGUUUUCCUCCAAAGCCAUUGGAUUUAUCUCAUAAUGACAAUAGCCUUAGUGCGACUGGCAUCUCAAGUGGUGACACAUUGAUUGUGGAAGAAAAGAUAAUACAGAACAUUGAAGACGAUGCUGCCUUUGCCCGACGACUACAGGAGGAGGAAGAUCAAGAAAUGCUAUCAGCAUCUGAAGUGCCAAGUCAGGAUCCUUCGAAUCCGUUUGUUGGAAUUCUUAUGAAAAAAAUCGUACCUGCAGAUAAUUCAUGUCUUUUUACAAGUAUCGGCUAUGUGCUUAAUGGCAAAGUGUCUACAGACUGUGGAAGCUUUAUGAGGAAGAUUAUUGCUACCCAAGUGUCGGCAGAUCCAGUAUCGUACAAUGACGGAGUACUCGGCAAACCUAAUGCCGAGUAUUGUGAGUGGAUUCAAAGAUCCGAGUCGUGGGGCGGAGCUAUUGAGGUGGCUAUACUUUCAAACUUUUAUGGAAUCGAGAUCGAUGUUGUUGAUAUUCAAAAUUCUAUUAUAAAUCGUUUUGGAGAGGACAAAAACUACGGCCUGAGAGUGUUUCUUCUUUUUGAUGGCAUUCAUUACGAUCCACUCUAUAUGGAAUCGGCAGCGGGAGACGUACCUGCAACAAUGUUUCCUAUUGAAGAACUUGGCGUUUACCAACAAGCUGAAUUAUUAGCAAAAGAAGCCAACUCAUCACGACAAUUUACUGAUGUGGAAAAGUUUUCUCUACGUUGUAUGCAAUGCGAUGUUAUGUUAGUUGGACAAGUGCAAGCCCAACAACACGCCAAAUCAACUGGUCAUACUAAUUUCGGGGAAAUUUGAGUAUACACCGUUGCUGUUAUCAACCUCAUUAUAUUUAUAUUGGUACUCAUUUUAGUUCUUAUUUAAAAUUACAUUUUUUUUAAACAAAUAGAAAAAUAAAUAAAUGCAAAUUUAUAUAUUAUUUUAAUUUUUAUUAGUUUCAAAAUUAUUCAACUUAUAUUUUACUAUAAUUGCAAAUUACACAUAUUUUUUGUUUUGGUUGCUUCGCAUGGAACACAUAAUAAUUAUCUUUAAAAAAGAACUUAAAAACAAUUUUUAGUUUUGAAUAUUGUGUUAUGAAGCCCAUGGUGGUGUCAUUGGAGCUGGAUUUUGUAAGUAGGACAUUACAACUGCACUUACACUAAGCAUAAAUGAUGAUAAAACCUUAAAAGAAAAAGAAUACAAAAGGUUAUUUUUUUAAAAAAAAAACAUCUCAGGCAACAAAAUAAAAUAAUAUAAAAUCCCUGGUGGGUUUUUUCAUAUUUUUGAUUUGUUUGAAAGGACAAAAGUUCAAAAUAGGAAUAUUUCAGGUAUAUUGAGUUAAGAAACUAAUAUUAAUUAUUGAUCUUGUAAACAAACACAAUCAUUUCAAGAUCUGGGGUUAUAAGUUCAUUUGAGCAACAUUUUUCAGACAUACAAGUGUGAAAAUAAGACAUGCCUUUGAUUAUUUGUUUUCAGUUUAAAUAAAAGUAAUUUGUAUUGAUGUCAUUUUAUAAAGUUUAAAAAUUGAAAAAAAAACCUUUAAAACAUUGUAAUUUUUAAUUAAAGUUCAUUUCACAUCUAGAUUCUCGAAAUAUGUGUUUAUUGAUGCACAAAAAUCAAUAUUUGAAUGGGUCUUAUAGUUGGAAUUUUAGUUACCCAUUUACAAUUAUCAUUCAUAAUAUUUUAAUAAAAGUUAGCUAAGUUGUGGUACAUAAUAGAUUUAUAUUUAUCUUUGGUAAUAUUUGAUGUAAAUAAAAUGAUAAAAACCUGCAUUUUUGUUUUGCUAAACAUAAAUAAUGUAAAUGAUAUAAUGUGAAAUAAAUAGCCUUCCAAAAAAAAAUAUUCUAUAUACUGAGAUUAACAAAAACACUAUUUGUGCACUAAAAUUAAACUCAAUGUAAGUUGUUCGAAAAAUUACAGAAAAUAUCAGAAAGGUGCAAUAUAAGGUGUUUUAUGAGGAAUAUCUUUAAUUUUUUGUUUAAAUUAAGUUCAAACAUUCUAAAUAACAAAAAUACAUUACUAAAUGUAAGUCUUGUUCAUAACAUGUUGAGAUCAAAUUAAUCAACCUAUCCUGCUCUCAAAAAGUUCAUUAAUUACAAAAGAAAUAUAAUUUAAAUCAUUUCUAGAGAGUCAUAAUCUCGAAUGAACUUGCACAGAAUAAUAAACUGCCUCAUAAAACACAUUUCAAGUGCUAAAUUAUUCUAACUUUACUUGUAGGGUAGGUCUAUAGUAUAGUCUGUUCAUAAAUACACUUUAUUGUAAAUAAACUGAGUUUAUUUUAAAUAGUUUACCAAUUUGUGUCAUUAAAAAAGAAGACUACAUUAUAACAAAUAUAUUAUGGCAAUAAAUAAAUUUGUAAUAGUUCUGUCUUAAUAGAAUUUUUUUUUUUUGAAAAUUAAAUAUCUUGUUCAAUAGACUAACUGAAAAAUAAUUAAUUAAAUAAAAUAUUUUCCUGAAAAUAGA